AUGGAGUGUGACAUGGCGACGGGUCUGAAGGCUUUCUUCGAAUCACUAGCAAGACCACCCAGGAAGUUCAUGGUGUUCGGUGGGGCGUGUCCUAGUGUGACGUCACCCAUAGCAACGUCCGUUCAUUGGUGGAAUCUUGUACAGCUAUCCUACGCAGACACCACCCCGUCACUCUCUCAGAGGGAUAAGUAUCCGCACUUCUUCAGGACUGUCCCUUCUCAGAAUGACCUCGGUGCUGCAAGGGUUAAACUCUUCCAGCUCUUCAAUUGGACCAAGAUCGCUACCCUACAUCAGGACUACCCAAGGUUCUCUUACGCUCAGAGCAAACAAGUCAAGAUGGCAGAGGAGAACGGUAUUACAACCAUAGUCGAAGCUACCUUCGCUGAUAACCCCCGGCCAGCCCUCGAUCAACUUAAGGAGAAGGGAGCUCGUAUCGUGAUGGGUUUCUUUGAUGAGCACAUGGCGAGGAGAGUAUUCUGCGAGGUUUACCGCGCUAAGAUGUACGGAGCCCGCCAUGUGUGGAUCCUUCCUGAGUACCAGAGUGAAUGGUGGAAGAAGCACGUGAAUGAUACAGCGUGUACAGGAGAUCAGAUCGGCCAGGCUCUCAAGGGAUACAUCGCCACAGACAUACUCACACUCAGUGCCAAUGAAGAACAGACUAUAUCCGGAAGGACGCCAUUGGAAUAUAAAGCCCUCUACGACGCGACACGGAACGGUGACUACUCGGAUUACCAUGGUUACGCGUAUGAUGGUAUCUGGGUGAUGGCUCUAGCAAUCAAUCACGUGAUCAAGAUGUUUGAGAAGGAGAAUAACCUGGAUGCUUUCUUUGAUUUUAAGUAUGACGAUCAGAAGAUGUUGGAUCAUUUCAGUAAAGCUAUGAAUGAGACCAACUUCCCCGGAGUGACAGGUGUGGUUCAAUUCAGGGAAGGCGAGCGUCUUGGAUGCACAAUGCAUAAACAACUUCAAGAUGGAGAAAUGGUUAAAGUAGCCGAAUAUUACGCAAUCACCGACUCACUCAAUCUCUCUUCCGGAUCAGAAAAUAAAUUCAAAUGGGAAGGUCAUGGCCCGCCCUCUGACGUUCAAAUGCUCGAGAUUCUCAAUCUUCGUGUUUCUAAGAUAGUCUUCGCUGUGCUCACUACCAUAGCAACGGCAGGGAUCAUCAUGGCUGUCUAUUUCCUUAUCUUCAACAUGAAAAGCAGAAAUCAGAGAUUUAUCAAGAUGUCCAGUCCAUUCCUGAAUAACCUGAUCAUCAUGGGUGGUAUACUGACCUAUGGGAGUAUCUUCCUCCUCGGUCUCGAUCACGGGAUGGUUGGAGAUAACUCAUUCAAAGCAGUCUGCACGGCCCGUGGAUGGUUUCUUUGUAUCGGGUUCACCCUAGCGUUCGGAGCGAUGUUCAGUAAGACAUGGAGGGUACAUCGUAUCUUCACCAAUAUCAAGAUGAAGAAAAAGGUGAUCAGAGACAACCAGCUCUAUGCUAUCGUGGGUGUGAUGCUCGUGGUGGAUCUCAUCAUUCUCAUUACAUGGCAGGUCGUUGACCCCGUAGAACCACGGGAAGUAAGACUCGAUGAAAGGCAAGACCCUAAUGGUCGUGACGUCAUCUUGAUACCUGUAAUGCUGAACUGUAAGAGUCAGAGGACAAUGAUAUGGCUCUCUAUUAUCUACAUCUACAAAGGAGUUCUCAUGAUUUUCGGCCUGUUCUUAGCAUGGGAGACAAGACACGUCAGCAUCCCUGCCCUCAACGACAGCAAGUAUAUAGGCAUGAGCGUAUACAACGUGGUGAUCAUGUGCGUACUGGGCGUAUCUCUUUCAUUCGUCAUCACUGAUAACCCCAAUGCUUCGUAUGGCCUCGUCUCCACCUUCAUUCUCUUCUGUACAACCAUCACACUCUGCCUAGUCUUCGGACCGAAGGUAAUCGAGCUUCGGAUUAACCCGAAUGCAAACGAGAGGAUUCGGGUUGUCGGUACUCUGGAUAAGUCCCGGACCUGCUCUACUAAUGCUGGAACCAUGGAUUCUGAGUGCAAGCUACGAGGCCUAGCCAUGGAGAAGAACGAGCUCGCAAAGAAACUAUCAGAUCAAACCAAGAUAGUGAAGGAUCUUGAGACGGAGUACACCAAGGUCGCUCCAGAAGAUGCUCCAUUGCUGUUCAGUGAUGAGUGGUCAUCAGGCUUGGAGAACUCAACAAUGUCUGCGAGAUCGAGAGCUGAAAGUAAUAAAACAGCGACCUCUCCAGUCAGCGUGACGUUCAAUGUUCACUCAUCAAAGAUCAACCACACUAAAGAAGCAGUGGUGACCCCGCAAGUGACGUCAUCGCUGAGUACCGCUCAACCUCUGAUCCCUCGCUGGUCUGAGGAGGUCCCGGAUGAUGACGACGAUGACGAACACGAUCCCGAUGGCAUGGAUCUUUACGCUAACUUCGGCGGCGUCUACAUCGGCCCACCGGAUAAAAACGAAGACCCUUUGACCGAUCCGCUGACCUCUGACAUCACUUCCGCCGGUAAUACGAAUUCAUUGGAUACCAUGUGCACGGAUGGCAUCGCGGAGUUUCAUCGUCCAUUCGAUGACGUCAUGGGAUAUAACGAUUCGAUGGAUAUCGGUUUGAUUGAUACUCAUGUCCCGAUACAUCCAGGCGGUGUUAUCGAUAAACUAUCGCCUGUUCAGAGUGUGAACGAAAAACUCUCAUCUUCUGGCAGUGUGAACGACACGUUUGGUAUGAAUGAUAUCCUGUCCUCGAAUAGUAGCAUGAAUGAUACUUUUAGUGGUUUGAAUAAUAAGACAUCGUCGAAUUGCAGUGUUUCGAAUGGCGGGAAUACACCGACAGUUCCGAUAUACAAAUAUUCAAGUUUACUAGAUUAAAAAUGUGUGGUGUGGUUCUCUUUUUUACAUUAUGUUUCGUUUCAUGCAUUUAUGCCAUGUAUAUCUAUGUGUUAUACAUCGGGCCUAUAUGGGUGCAUAUCGCUUUUGCUUUACUCGAAUUCUUAAUGACAUGCGUCAUUUCGUGUAAAUAUUGAAUAUUACAACUUUCGCAUUGUUUUAUAGUGGUUUGUUUAGGCUAGUCUUUUUAUCUCCGAAGGAUGAAUCAAUCUUUUUUUCACAGCGGAUUUCUAGACAUAGCAAUGUUUGUGAUAGGUGUGUGGUACUACACGUGAGCUUACUUUUGGUAUACCUUAACUGAAAUACAGAUCAAGUUAAUCUAAUUUUCGCGUUUUUUAAGGCACUUGUUAUUUGAGAAUUGACCAUCGUAUUGAAUAUCAUUAUGUUUACCAAUAUAAUAAUUGACAAUAAUGAUGACAAUAAUACCUGUUUCUUAUAAAAAUGCUUUAUCAGUGACAAACAACCCCGGUCAGUGGACCCAUUUACCAUUCCGCACUAUACCAUGAACAUUCUCCACUCCCUGGGUAGCAUUCCAGCUAGUCGCCCUUUUUGUUUAUGGGCCAAACAUUCGAAUGCGAUCCCUUUAACCAUGGUAUAACAGGUACCCCUCGUAAGCUACCCGCCAUAAAGCCGUAUGGUACAUCUCUUGUCAUUUGUAUUUAUGGCCUUAGUGUGGGCAGCUGACGUCAUCCAUCACCUGUGUGGAGAGGAGCUAUAUAGAUAUCUCCCUUACUCAAUCACAUUGUACCGUACCUGGGCUCCACCCCGCGACCUUUUCGCUCUCAGUGUUUCAAGUAUCCAAAGUUGUUUAUAUUCCAUUUUUUUCUUGAAGUUUAACCCGAAAAGGGAUCAAGUACGGACAUGAUGAAAUAUUUUGUUAUUUUAAUCGUUAUGCUACUACACAUCGUUCUACUUUAAGAGGGGGAGGACCCCCCCCCCCCCCCCCCUCCUUACUUCCGGGCUGUGCCUUGGACUCGCCGAUCGGGUUACAUAUAUAAAAUAUUUCCAUUUCUUACUUUUGCCCAUCUUUGUUAUCAUAAUAUGAAUGUCUAGUGUUUUACUGUAUCCC